ACACCGUCAACAUCGCAAGUCCUCACCGCACUACACCAUAACAUAAUUAGCUGCGCUGAUUGCUGUUUGUCUAUGAAGUAUCUAUUUGCUAUGGAUCUCUCCGUUGUGAAUGAGCGCUGCUUUUUCCCUGCUUCCUUUAAGCACUACGUGCAUGCUAGUGAACAUAAAGCAUUUUCCACACCUUCUUGCCCCGCUGCGGAUUGUUUUGCUACAUUUGGUUUCCAUGAUGAAAAGAGGUGGAGUCAUCUUCUCAAAGUUCUUGCAACACCGGUUCACAACUGCAGUGGUCUUAUUGCAGUGAUAAAAAUAUUUCGUCCUAAGGUGGAUGAUUUGAGUAACCUUUUGGAAGCUUUGAGCGAAUUGAGCCAACAUCCAACUGGCAUCGAAAUUUCAAACAGCUUCUUUGAGAAGACUAUUCCUAAAAUGGUGCAAGCUGUUGUUUCCUCUAAAUCCAUCUUUAGCAACAAUUUGCCGUUGUUGCUUGCUAACAAGACUUUUGAGUCAGUCACCUUGGACCGUAAGGACUGCUUUGUGUUGCUCUCAUUGGCUUUUUUCGGACUUGUUAAGCAACCGAAAGGGAAAUUUUCCGAGUUUUCCCUCCUUAGCCUUUUCGAGGGAAAUUCUGUAGGAAGACGUGAAAAACUGAAGUGCUUCCUGCAGUACUUUCAUUUUUGUGCAACCGAAGAUGUCUUUGGCCAAGUCACAUUUUACAGGAAGUCGACGCCGAAAAUGGAAAUUCCUAAAUGGCACAAUCUUUCCUUGAAUAUAACUGAUGCACUUGCACUGACGAGCAAAAUUGAAGAUGCAAAGAAUUUUUCGAGCAUUGUCGAUUUUGCCAACAAAUACUUCAGUGGAGGAACACUUGGAGAAGGGUGUGUUCAAGAGGAAAUUAUGCUCUGUCAACACACAGAAGCAACAAUUGGAGUGCUGCUAUAUGAAAAGUUUGGUGACAACGAUGCAGCACAAAUUUUUGGCGUCAGCAAAGUGAAUGACACAAGGGGUUAUGGAAAAAGUUUCAAAUGGCAAGGGCUGCAUGCAAUGGCGUCAGCGCGUGAUAAAAAUAUUGUUAUCAUGGACGCUGUGGACUACAGUAGAUGUGCUGAGGAUCAAUUUUCCGCAGAUUCUAUUGAAAGAGAGCUAUGCAAAGCAUACACAGCCUUCAAAUCCAGUGAUCCUGAUGCUCCACCCAUCGCCACAGGGAAAUGGGGUUGUGGAGUAUUUAAGGGUGAACCAAAGUUGAAAAUUAUUUUGCAACUGCUUGCAGCUUCUGCAUGCUGCAGAAACAUUCAUUUCCACCUGUUGAAUGACAAAAUUUUAAUUCAGGAGUUUGAGGAAUUCAAGUCUCAUAUAUAUAGCAAGUCAACAUCAGUUGCUAACGUGUACUCUAUUGUGAAGCAGUACUGCGCUAGCCGAACACGUGAUCAAGAGUUGCAGUGCUUGUUCAAUUUUAUUGAAAAGCGAUUGUGAAGAUCUGAGAAUAAAAUUAAUUAGUUGUGAA